AUGGGGGAGACGGGGAGCGGGUGUGGGGAGAAAUGGGGGAGACGGGGAGCGGGCGUGGGGAGAAAUGGGGGAGACGGGGAGCGGGUGUGGGGAGAAAUGGGGGAGACGGGGAGCGGGCGUGGGGAGAAAUGGGGGAGACGAGGAGCUGGUGUGGGGAGAAGCGGGUUUGGGGAGGGGAAGAAAGGUCGGGUGCAAUGUCCUUCCUGCCGGACCUGGGAGCCGCCACCUGUCAAUGCCACGCAAGUAUCAUUAGCCAGCGCCACUUACCACGAGGGGUGCGAGGAGAGGGGGGAAGGGAGGGGAGAAGGAGUGGGAGUUGAGAGCCCUACCGGGGGGACCGCUGCAGUGGGCGAAGGGUUUUGUGCCCUCCUCCACCUUCCCGUGCCCCCCUCCAUGCUCCCAUGCCGGCCUCUCCCCCCUGUACCGCCCCCUCUCCCCCCUGUACCGCCCCCUCUCCCCCCUGUACCGCCCCCUCUCCCCCCUGCGCCGCCCACUCCCCCUGCGCCGCCCACUCCCCCUGUGCCGCCCCCUCCCAAUGCGUCGCCCACUCCCACUGCACCACCGCCCUUCUCCACCCAAUCGCCCCUGGCAGUGCUGGCAUGUGUCCUGCACGGCACCCAAUCGCUCUCCACUGGCAGUGCUGUGCUGGCACAGGUGGUGCGAGGGUGGCAGCCGGCUAGACGCUUCAGGGAUUGGCGGCGAGCUAUGAAUGUGUGCCGCCUGGGGGACCCGGCUGUAGAAUGCUCUGAAGAUGGCUCAGUGAUCGCCCUAAAGCUGUCUCAAGCUGGCAUCAGGGGAAAUCUCUCCGACGAGCUUGGCAAACUCACCGCCCUCACUUCCCUGCAGCUGGACGGCAAUCAGCUGACCGGCUAUCUGCCUUGGUCCCUAAGUGCCCUAACCAACCUGCAAAUCCUCAAUGUGGGUGGCAACAGGCUCUAUGGCAUGCUGCCCGCGUCGAUCACAAGCCUCAAGCACCUUCACACCCU